AGUCCGUCCUCCUAUGGGGCCACAUGGCUCUGCUGACCUGUCCAUUUAUUUUUAGAGCAACACCAGGACCUCAGUGUCUGUCAGCAGGCAGCAUAGAGAGCCAUAGCUGCAUGCCUGCCUGGUGUAUGUUACCCACCCCAAAAUUUCAUCUGCAACUAUCAGUUAAACAGCGUCUUCUUCACACUACACACAGAUCUCACAGAUCUCAUAUUUGACUUACACCGCACAGCUAUGAACAUUCAUCAAAUUAUGCCUCACAUUCAUUUGAGGUCGCUUGGGUUUCUCUAUUUCUGGGGACCCAGUGUCGCUCUGCAGCCACAGCACCAACCUUCAGCUUGACGCUGUGACCAUUUUGGGAGCAUGGCCGACGGUCCAGAGGCUGAUGUUGACGACCCGCCCAGCAUCAAUUUCCCCCCGCUCAUCACCGUGUCCGAUCUACCCAGCGCUACAGCUGCAGGUCGGAACCUGAAGGAAUGGCUGCAGGAGCAGUUCUGCGACAAACCCCUGGAGCAGGAUGACAUGCGCCUCCACAACGCAGCCUAUGUCGGAGAUCUGGACACCCUGAGGAACCUGCUGCAGGAAGACGGUUUCAGACGGCGUAUCAAUGAGAAGUCUGUGUGGUGUUGUGGCUGUUUGCCCUGCACCCCUCUGAGGAUUGCAGCCACAGCGGGGCACGCAGCAUGCGUGGCCUAUCUGAUCGCUCAGGGAGCCGAGGUGGACCUAGUUGAUGUCAAAGGCCAAACAGCUCUGUAUGUAGCUGUGGUUAAUGGUCACCUGGACUGUGUACGGAUUCUUCUUGAAGCUGGAGCCGAUCCCAAUGGUAGCCGCCACCACCGCAGUACCCCGCUGUACCAUGCUGCACGAGUGGGGAGGCUGGACAUACUGCAGGAGCUCAUCAGGUUCAAUGCUGAUGUUGACAUGGACCACCAGCUGGGUCCCCGGCUCCUGUUAAGCGCUCGAACCCUCAACACGCUAGUGGUCUGCCCUCUUUACAUAAGCGCAGCCUACCACCACCUUCACUGUUUCCGGCUGCUGCUCCAGGCCGGCGCUCAGCCCGACUUCAACUACACAGGUCCUGUCUGCCAUGAGGCUUUGACAAGAGGUUUGGCUUCCUGCCUGCUGGAUGCAGUCCUGCGACAUGGAUGUGACGUGGCCUUCAUCCACCUGCUGUUGGACCACGGAGCGAACCCAGCCCUCGUGCCCUGGGAUGAGUCCGAGUUGGAGGCUCCAAAUCGAAGGAAAGUUGAUCCAGAGGCACUCAGUGUCUUCUUGGAAGGAAAGAGAAACCCUCGUAGGCUGACACAUUUGUGUCGCAUCAGGAUCCGCAGAACGAUGGGCAAAAAUCGUCUAAACCACAUAUCUUCAUUACCGCUUCCAGAACCUAUCAAGAUUUUCUUGCUUCACCAAAACUGACCAUCAUCCACCUACUGGUCUUGUUAAAUGUUCCUUUAACCCAGUCCUUAAAAGAAACCUCAGUCAGUCCCAAAGACACACUACUGCAUAAACACUGUAAACCCAGAUUGCUAAUUGCUUAUUAUUUUAUAUUAAGAAAUAAUUAUUAAUAAUAUUUUCCAAAUAAAUUUGUUUGGAAAUCAUCAUUUAUGUAAAAAAAUCUUCCUCGCAGUGUAAAAUGCUCCUUAUCUUAUCAGAGAAGCCUUAGUUAUGUAUUGACUUGUGGAAACUGUGUGUGUAUUCUAAAUGUUUGCCUUGUGACCUCCCAGAUCACCAGGACGAGUCCUGCUAAUACUUCAAGUAGCACUUUUUAGCUCAACGACUAGAGCGAGAAUCUCAUUUGAAGCAACGACUUAAACAAGCCAUGUUAUAAAUAUCCCAUCCACGGGCAGAGAAGAAUAUUGUCCAGAUGCAGCUCCUUGAAUUGUUUGGUUGUUGUUUUAUGUAAACCAGGCAGAAUGACGGCAAAAAUGUGCAAAAAAAUCCACACACUAGAUCCUCUUUGUUAGCCACGUGCCUUAACUUUGAGUUUGGGAAAAGUGGCUUCAAAGAUUGAUCAGACCAGAGUUAGUUACGGUAAUCCAAAUUAAUCGAGUGUGAUGUUCCGGAUGAGCAAUUUAAGGACCUUGAUUGUAAUGGACACAAAAGUUUACAUUUUGUGACGUCAGCAUCAAAAUAAAAUAAAAAAAGCCUUUUUUUUCAGGGAGGGUAUUUAGAUUGUUUCAACAAAUGUAAUGAAACUCCUUUUCUGUGACAUUGACAAUCUGUCAACUAGUGAAUGAAAUCUAUUUGUGAUAAACAGAAUAAGUUUGUAUUCAUUAGAUGCCAUCUCUGGGAGUCUACUGCACCUACUGUGUGCUGUGCAUGUCUGUUGCACAGCCUAUCUUGUCCUCAAACAUUGACAUUUAAAUGUUGACCAUGUUGAGACAGUUGUGCUUUAUAGAUUUCAUCUCUAUUUGAAUGAGUAAAUGUAUGUAAUUGUAUAAUA